CUCUACACGCAACAACACACGAAUCGAUCGCCUCAUUCAGUUUCGAAUCUUGGAAUAAUUGAAGACAGCCUCUUUUGCAUUAACGAAUCGAUCAUUCACGCGCUUCACAUCCCGCAAUGUCCAGCAAGGGGCGGUGGGCAGACACCGAAGAAGACGCCCGUCAAGACGCCAAACUCAAGGAAGAGAAGCGACGCAAAAAGGCAGAAAGGGUCCGUAAGCUCGAGGCGGAGAAGCAAGCGCAGGCCGCAGCAGCCAGAGCAUCUCUCGACGUCGACGAUGACCGACCCUCGAAGCGACGGAGGAUUACGCCCGAGCCCGGUGCUGGCGCCAACGAGAAGCAACCCCCCGCGAAACUGCUACGAUUUCCUACCGGUGGCUGGUCCAAAUGCAGAAGCGUCGAGAACUACGAGAAGCUGAACGAUAUCGAAGAAGGAACCUAUGGAUGGGUUGCGCGGGCGACAGACAAGGCUACCGGCAAGGUUGUCGCGCUGAAGCGGCUGAAAUUGGAUCCAGCAGAUCGAAAUGGUCUGCCGGUUACGGGACUGCGUGAGAUCCAGAUCUUGAAGGAUUGCCAACAUCGCAACAUUGUUUCCAUGGUGGAGGUUGUCGUGGGAGACGAUGUAUCACGACCAGACAACUCCCUCUUCCUCGUCCUUGAAUUCGUCGAACAUGACCUCAAGAGCAUCCUCGAAGACAUGCCUGAGCCCUUUCUCUCCUCUGAGGUCAAGCGCCUCCUCCUCCAGCUCACCUCGGGUAUCGCCUACCUCCACGACAACUGGAUCCUCCACCGCGACCUCAAGACGUCCAACCUCCUCCUUAACAACCGGGGCCAGCUCCGAAUCGCCGACUUUGGCAUGGCCCGCUACGUCGGCGAUCCCCCGCCCAAGCUCACCCAACUGGUCGUCACCCUCUGGUACCGCGCCCCGGAGCUCCUCCUCGGCGCAAAGUCCUAUGGCGCCGCCGUCGAUAUGUGGAGUGUCGGGUGCAUCUUUGGCGAGCUACUAACGCGUGAGCCCCUUCUCCAGGGCAAGAACGAGGUCGACCAAGUCUCGCGCAUCUUUGAGCUCUGCGGCGUUCCCACAGAUGAAUCUUGGCCAGGCUUCCGUCGCCUGCCAAACGCCCGAACCCUCCGCCUCCCCAAGACCGCUGCCGCAUCCGGCUCCGUCGUCCGCGCCCGCUUCCCGGGCCUUACCUCGGCCGGCGCCGGUUUACUAGCCGAUCUCCUAUCACUAGACCCGGACCGUAGGCCGACGGCGCGUGAGAUGCUCCAGCACGAGUACUUCCGUCAAGACCCGAAACCAAAGCCCGAAAGCAUGUUCCCCACGUUUCCAAGCAAGGCCGGCCAGGAGCGGCGCCGGCGACAGGAGCCACAUGCACCUGUGCGUGGCCAGGCUGCGUCUUUGGGCGAUGUCGACUUUACUGGCAUCUUUCAAGGGCGAGAUCGGGAAGAGAGGGGAGCUGGAUUCCAGCUACGGAUGGUGUAGGAUGCAAACUCCGUAUCCAGUCAUGAUGAGAACGGCAAGGCAGGGAGUUGCCAAAUACUUAACGACACAUUAUACCAUGCCGACAUAAAUAACCAUAUACCCACAAGUAGACCACUGUAACGUUAGCAUGCACCCCAUGAAUCAUCUUCAUUUG